GGAAUCAGUCAUGGGACUGCUGCUCCCUCUCCUUCUUUGUUUACUCUCCUGUCUGAUUGGAGGACUGUACUUACUUGGUGUGUUUCGACAGCACCGACCAGGAGAACCCCCUUUGGAUAAGGGGCUCAUCCCUUGGCUGGGUCAUGUCUUGGAGUUUCGCAGGAACACUUUCAAAUUCAUUGAGAGGAUGAAGCAAAAACAUGGCGAUGUGUUCACAGUGCAGCUGGGAGGGUUUUAUAUCACAUUCCUUCAAGAUCCUCUGUCGUUUGGGGCAUUUGUUAAGGAGAGUCGCGAAAAACUGGACUUCAGGCUGUUUGCUAAACAUCUGGUGCACAGAGUGUUUGGUUAUGUGGCAGAGGAGGAUGACCACAGUAUUCUCCAGGUCACCAGCAACAAGCACCUCAAGGGGGACGGUCUGAAGGUAUUGACACAAGCUAUGAUGAAUAAUUUACAGAAUCUGAUGCUGCAUGAAGUCGGCUCAGCAGCUGACCAAGGCAGCUGGAAAGAAGAUGGACUGUUUAUGUACAGCUACAAUAUCCUUUUCAGAGCCGGCUACUUAUCCCUGUAUGGCAAUGCACCUCCCAAGUCAGAAGAAAGUGAGGAGAAAGCCAAAGAGAAAGACAGAACUGAAUCUGAAGCCUUGUUUAAAGAGUUUCGUAAAUAUGACCAACUCUUCCCCAACCUGGCUUACGGGGUCCUUUCACCGAGGCAAAGGUUGGAAGCAAAGAGGCUGACGGAACUAUUCUGGAACACUCUGUCGGUGCAGAAGAUAAAGAUGAAGGACGACAUCAGCGGCUGGAUCUGGGACAUGCAGCAGUUUCGAGAGGAGAGGGGUAUGAAGGAGUCAAUGAUCAGCAYGUACAUGUUUGUGCUUCUCUGGGCCUCUCAGGGCAACACAGGUCCUUCUGCAUUCUGGCUGCUCCUCUACCUCAUGAAACACCCAGAAGCCAUGAGGGCAGUGAAGGAAGAGCUAGAUCAGGUUCUGAAGGAAUCAGGGCAGGAAGCCAGACGUGAUGGCCCUUCGAUCAKCCUGACCUAUGAAAUGCUGAAGAAAACACCCGUCCUGGACAGUGCUUUGGAAGAGACCCUCCGACUCUCUGCUGCACCUGUCCUCACCAGAGCUGUGCUCCAGGAUAUGACCCUCAAGAUGGCAGAUGGGCGUGAAUAUUUCAUACGCAAAGGUGACAGAAUGGCUAUGUUUCCUUAUGGUGCUGUUCACACUGACCCAGAGAUCCACCCUGACCCACUUUCAUUCAAAUAUGACCGCUUUCUGAAUCCUGACGGGAGCAAGAAAACAGACUURRACAAGAAUGGGAAGAAGGUGAAGUUUUACACCAUGCCCUGGGGUGCUGGGGUCUCCAUGUGUCCCGGGCGUUUCUUUGCCUCUAAUGAGGUGAAGCAGUUUGUUUUCCUGGUGUUGGUCUACUUUGAGAUUGAGCUGAAGAAUCCUGAGGAGAAAAUACCUGAAUUUGACUUCAGCCGAUGGGGCUUUGGGUCCAUGCAGCCUAACAGAGAGGUCCAGUUUCGAUACCGACUCAGAUUUUAAACCAGCUAAUCAUUUUGACAUCUCUGUCAAAACAUUUUUUGAUUUUGAUCAACUCUUGAAGCUUUCUUUGAAACUGAAAAGUUUCUGAUGAAUGUCAGAUUCCACAAUAACGUUUGUACUAGUGAUAAUCAAAUUUAUGUAACGUGUUUUCUGCAUGUUUACAUAAUUUAAAUAAUAGCUCAUCUAAAUGACAGUUUAUAUGACACAUUUUCUGCUUCCUUAGCCAGGUUUAGUCAGAUACAUAAAAUAAGCUGCUGUGUGUGUUAUCUUUAGUAGCAUCUAGAAUCAUUAAGCAUGUGCUCGUUGAGUUUCAGUGACCAGGUUUCAAAGAAAUGGUUGGACGAUAAAGGUUAGGUUUUAUUUGGGAAAGUCUUCUGUCCAAAAACAGCACCCAUAAUGCCAAUUACAUGUGUGCUGAUUUCCAAACAUGAUGCAUAUUUUUCGCAACUGCACUUCUUGCUUUUAAGUUUAUAAUGCUAGGGACUGUUGAUUUAAUGAGAGAGGUGUAGAAACAAAAUACAUUCUCUUUACAUUUUUUUUUGUGUGAUCAUGUCUGAUAAUUAAAAUCACUUUGUAAACAGCUCAGCUAACUAUUAGCCAUAGAAAAUUACAUUGUUGAAUUGCUGUGUUAAUGUCUUACAGUGUUUUGCUUUGA